GUACCUUUAAUAAGGGACCUGGUGAGAGUGCUUUCUUUCCAAACUUGUUCCCUGGCUUCCAAGUGACGAAAUGAGCUGUAAUUUGAGAGCCUUGCAAUCCUCAGGAUAUCUUUAGCCAAAGGGAAAACUCUGUAUUCCCACCCAGACCAGGGGUUGAAAUAGUACCAGAGUGUAUGAACAGCUUCUCAUAGCUACUAGCUCCAUCUCCCUGGAAUCAGAGGGAACUCCGAAGGUGACCGCAGAGCAGUGGGUCCCCACAUUGGAGAGAGCGAUCUAGCUGGAAAAGCCAAGGCUGAGGUCCAACAGCCUAAAAGAAAGAGGAGCCGGGACAGAGAGGAGCUGGUGCUGAACAAAGCUGCACAGAGACACAUGAAGCCUGCGCGGGAACCAGGAUUAGAGAAGAGCAAACUGGCUGCGCCUAAGGAGGGCGCGGUUACUGGGAGCCACUGACUCCCCGGGGUGGACCCCUUUCCUUGUUCCUGAACUAAAACUCUUCUCCUAAAUAUCCAGAAUGGUGAUCCCGAAGUUGAUCUGGAUGGGUUUCUUCUGCCACCUGUGUCGAGGCUACUUUGAUGGUCCCCUGUACCCAGAAAUGUCUAAUGGGACCCUGCAUCAUUAUUUCGUGCCUGAUGGAGACUACGAGGAGAAUGAUGACCCGGAGAAGUGCCAGCUGCUCUUCAGGGUGAGUGAUCGCAGGCGCUGCUCCCAGGGGGAAGGGGGCCAAGCCAGUAGCUUGCUGAGCCUCACCCUUCGAGAGGAGUUCACGGUGCUGGGCCGCCAGGUGGAGGAUGCUGGGCGAGUCCUGGAGGGCAUCAGCAAAAGCAUCUCUUAUGACCUGGAUGGGGAAGAGAGCUAUGGCAAGUACCUGAGGCGAGAAUCCCACCAGAUUGGGGAUGCCUACUCCAACUCUGACAAGUCCCUCACUGAGCUGGAAAGCAAGUUCAAGCAGGGCCAGGAGCAGGAUAGCCGGCAGGAAAGCAGACUCAACGAAGACUUCCUGGGGAUGCUGGUCCACACCAGGUCCUUGCUGAAAGAGACGCUGGAUAUCUCUGUGGGGCUCAGAGACAAAUACGAGCUGCUGGCACUCACCAUCAGGAGCCAUGCGACCAGGCUAGGUCGACUGAAAAGCGGCUAUCUGGAGGGUGGGGGACAGAGGGCGGGCUAAAUUUUCCAUUGUAAAUGUUUUGUUUUAUCCAGGUUUGCACUUUCGGAAUGCGUAUGAAGUUGUCUUUACGAAAAGAAAACUUUAAGAGGCUGCGUUAUUCUGAUUCUGGUUUAGUCUUGUACAUUAUUUAUGUUAUUACUGAGGAUUAGUAAUCCCAGGGGUAUUUCCAAAGGCGCUUCACAGUUCCACAGAAUCACUUCUUUCAGCCCCAUCUAAAGGAUGUAUUUUGUGUGGAAGGACUGAUUAACCUUCCUCACCCUGAAGGGGGUGGGGGGGCUUGGUGGGUGGUUCCAUCACUUCUUCAAUCACCUUGGUCUUUCAAGGCUGAGGCGCCUGCUUUUAGAUGAGGUCCCAGGUGUCUUCCAUGUUGCUUGAUUCUCCUCUAGCUCUUAUUUAUUUACAUGUUCUGAGUUGUUUCUGUUUUGUUGUAAGAGUGUUGUUGACAGCUUAUAUGCAAAUCGCCAGCAGUAAGAAGGUCAAGGUUCCCUGUGGGUUUGUGUAAAUCAAGGAUGCAUCAAUUAAGAUAGCAAAGCUUUGGUGUGUGGUGGGGGUUGCAUUUGUGGCAUCUUUCACUGUACCAUCAAAGGAACAGGUUGUUUGAACACACCCCUCAGUGCCUAUGAUUUAUGCUGCCAGUGUAUUCUUUCUUCCAGGGGUAGGGGAGUAUUGCUUCUUUUUUUUGCUUAUUGGAUAUUUGUAUUUCAAGGGGGAUAGAUCUAAUUCUAGAAACCCCUUAACCUAUGUUUUACUAUUCAGCCAAUAAAUAUGUUUUCAUAUAAUA